AUGUCUACCCCUCACUUCUGGUCAACUCCCCUGCGCUACCUGCGCUGGGCCUCCCACGAGAAGCCCGCCAUCCUCUUCUCUCUUAUCAUCGGUACCACCGGCCCUAUCGCCCUGGUCAGCCUGCCCGCCAUUCGCCGUGCGUUCGGUGACGUUGAUCCCAACCCCAUUCCUCUUUCAUACCCUGUCCCAACCGGCCCUCGGGUGAAGCCGCAGGGCUUCGAAGAUGAAUAA